AUGGGACAGGUCGUGACAGAGGUGGUGGCCUUUGUCCCCAAGCUGAUCCUGUUCAGGCUCAGCAACCAGCUGGUGGUGGCCUUCAAGGAGGACAACACGGUGGCCUUCAAGCACCUGUUCCUCAAGGGCUACGAGGACGGCGCCGAUGACACCCAGGCCAUCUACACCCGUGGGGACCUCCUGGAGCACCUGGCCUUCGUCCUCGAGAAGUACCUGGCUGUCCCCAACGAGACCCUGGGCCGCUACGCCUACGGUGGCCCCGAGGGUGGCCGCGGGCUCCGGCUGUGCCAGCGCUUCUUCCGCAGGGGGGACAUCGACCCCGGCAAUGACACCUUCGACAUCGACCCCAGCGUGGUCACCGAGUGCGUGGGGCUGCGCCCCGGGGACCCCCGCCCGCCGCUGGACGGCCCCGAGGGCAACUUCACCCUCCAGUUCCACAGGCUGAUCAAUGUCACCGUGGAGUUCCAGCUCAAGGCCAUCAACAUCCAAACGCUGCUGAACCACGAGAUCCCCGACUGCUACACCUAUAGCGUCACCGUGACGUUUGACAACAGCGCCCACAGUGGGCGGGUGCGGAUCCGCCUGGACACGCACGCGGCCAUCCGGGAGUGCCACCACCCCUCGCUGCCCGGCAGAGGUGACAACUGGCUGCGGCUGUCCUUCGACGUGCUGGUGACAGCGGUGUGUGCGCUGUCCCUGGUGCUCUGCGCCCGCUCCAUCGCCCGCGGGCUGCUCCUGCAGAGGGAGUUCAGCCGGUUCCUGCACCGGCGCCGCGGUGUCACCGUGUCCCUGUCGGACCGGCUGGAGUUCCUCAAUGGCUGGUACCUGCUGCUCGUCACCAGCGACGUCCUCACCGUGCUGGGCACCGUGCUCAAGAUUGGCAUCGAGGCCAAGAACUUCUCAGGGUACGACGUGUGCAGCAUCCUGCUGGGGACAUCGACGCUGCUCGUGUGGGUCGGGGUCAUCCGGUACCUGACCUUCUUCCGGAAGUACAACAUCCUGAUCGUGACGCUGCGCGUGGCGCUGCCCAACGUGAUGCGCUUCUGCUGCUGCGUGGCCGUGAUUUAUCUGGGGUAUUGCUUCUGCGGCUGGAUCGUGCUGGGCCCGCACCACGUCAAGUUCCGCUCGCUGUCCAUGGUGUCCGAGUGUCUCUUCUCGCUGGUCAAUGGCGAUGACGGGUGACACAGGGUGUUCGCCACCUUCGCGGCGCUGCGGCCCAGCGGGGCGCUGGUGUGGCUCUUCAGCCAGGUGUACCUGUACUCCUUCAGCGCGCUCUUCAUCUACAUGGUGCUCAGCCUCUUCAUCGCCCUCAUCACCGGCUCCUACGACAC